AUGGCUGUUAACGAUGAAAAGAAGCCUCACAGAGUUCACAAAACUGGAAAGAAAAUCAAAAAGAAAACUGCUCAAAAUAUUUCUGGAGAAAGAGGAAAUAAUUCAAAAGCGUUCAAAUUCCGUUCUGCUCUAAAAGCUCAAAAAUUGAUUCGAAAAGCAGCAGAUUUGAGCGAAAAAAAGAAGCACAUCCCCAUUGUUGAAAGACUUGUAGACACUCCUCCGCCUUUGUUUGUUGCGAUUGUUGGACCUCCAAAGGUCGGAAAAAGUUUACUGCUUCGCUGUCUUAUAAAAAAUUAUGUUAGGCAGUCAAUUACAGAAAUUAAAGGUCCAGUAACAAUCGUUACAAGCAAAAAACGUCGAGUAACAUUUUUUGAAGUUCCGAAUGAUAUAAAUGCUAUGGUUGAUGCUGCUAAAGUUGCAGAUUUGGUUUUAAUUCUAAUAGACGCCUCUUUUGGUUUUGAAAUAGAAGUAUUUGAAUUUACUAAUAUUUGUCAAGUACAUGGAAUGCCUAAAAUUAUGGGAGUGCUUACUCAUAUGGAUAAAGUUAAAAAGAAUCAAUUGAAAUCGGUCAAAAAGAAGUUGAAGCAGCGUUUUUGGACUGAACUUUAUCCGGGAGCAAAACUCUUUUAUCUUACUGGAAUGAAGCAUAACAAAUAUUUACGUCACGAAAUUAAAAAUCUUGGGAGAUUUAUUUCUGUUGCAAAACUUAGGCCAAUUUUAUGGAGAAAUGCUCAUCCUUAUUUGGCUUGUGAUAAAGUGGAAGAUUUAACUGAUCCUGAGUCAAUUAAUCAAGACCCUAAAAUUGCCCGCAAAGUUGGUUUUUAUGGAUACGUUCGAGGUGUUCACAUAAAGAACCAUUCAGCUGUUCAUAUUGCCGGCCUUGGUGAUGUUUUAAUUAACAAUAUUUCAAUACUUCCAGAUCCUUGUCCUUUACCCGAAAAUCAAAAGAAAAGAUCACUUAAUGAACGUGAACAGAUAAUUUACGCUCCCUUUUCUGGCCUUGGAGGUUUGGUAUUUGAUCAAAAUGAAUUUUAUAUUGAUGUUGGGGGUAGUCAUUCUUUUUUGAAGGGUCGGAAUGAAUUAGUAGAAGCAAUUGAUAAUGUUGCUGAACCAAUGGAUGUAAAAGUAGAGAAUGCAUCGUUACAAUUAUUGAGUGGUAAUCCUAACUUGGAGGUAAAUGAAAUUUUAUUUUAUGGUAAAUGA